CCGUGACCGAGGGCUGCUUUGGGGCCGCGGCGCGGCGGGAGCGAUGGGGGAGGAGGCGGCUGGGGUGCGGCCCGAGCUGGUGCGCGAGGCGGAGGUCAGCCUGCUGGAGUGCAAGGUGUGCUUCGAGAGGUUCGGCCCCCGGCAGCAGCGGCGCCCGCGCAACCUGCCUUGUGGCCACGUGGUCUGCCUGGCCUGCGUGGCCGCCCUCGCGCACCCGCGGACGCUGGCCCUCGAAUGUCCCUUCUGCCGGCGAGGCUGCCGAGCCUGUGACACCAGCGAUUGCCUGCCAGUGUUGCACCUUCUGGAGCUCCUGGGCUCCACUCUUCACGCGUCCCCGGCUGCCCUCAGCGCCGCCCCCUGCGCGCCCGGGGUGCUCACCUGCCACCACGCCUUUGGCGGGUGGGGAACCCUGGUGAACCCCACCGGGCUUGCACUGUGCCCCAAGACCGGACGGGUCGUGGUCGUGCACGACGGUAAGAGGCGGGUCAAGAUCUUUGACUCCGGAGGAGGAGGUGCACACCAGUUUGGAGAGAAGGGGGACGCAGCGCAUGACGUCAAGUACCCACUGGAUGUCGCCGUCACCAGCGACUGCCACGUGGUUGUCACCGACGCUGGCGACCGCUCCCUCAAAGUGUUUGAUUUCUUCGGCCAGAUCAAGCUGGUUGUGGGGAAGCAGUUUUCCCUGCCUUGGGGUGUGGAGAUCACCCCUCAGAACCAGGUCCUGGUGACUGACGCAGAGGCGGGGACCUUGCACCUGCUGGAAGUGGAUUUUCCCGAAGGGGCCCUUCGGAGGACUGAGAGGCUGCAGGCUCAGCUGUGCGGUCCCCGUGGGGUGGCUGUGUCUUGGCUCACCGGGGCCAUCGCGGUCCUAGAGCACCCCUGGGCCUUGGGGACAGCAGGCAAUAGCACACGGGUGAAGGUGUUCAACUCCACCAUGCAGCUGAUUGGCCAGGUGGAUAGCUUCGGGCUGAACCUCCUCUUUCCCUCAAAAAUAACUGUCUCAGCUGUGGCCUUCGAUCACCAGGGAAAUGUGAUUGUUGCAGACACCUCUGGGCCAGCCAUCAUAUGCUUGGGAAAACCUGAGGAAUUUCCAGCCCUGAAGCCCAUGGUCACUCACAGUCUUUCUCGUCCUGUGGCACUGGCCUUCACCAAGGAUAAUUCUCUUCUUGUGCUGGAUACUGCAUCCCAUUCUAUAAAAGUCUUUAAAGUGAUGGAGGGUAAUGGGGGGUGAUUGGGAUUCUGGGGCCUGGAGUCAGAAGUCCUGGUGUCCUCAGGAGUGACUUGCGCCCUGGAUGGGUCACUGUCACUCACCCGUCCAAGCAGGAACAGUGGUAACGCCCGGCAGAAGUACUGGCUUUGAGGCAGUUAUUAAAGACUAGUAAUUACAUUUGUCAUUUAGUGAGUGCCUAUCCUAGUGUUAAGAAAUUUACAAAUCUUAGCUCAUUUGCUCCUUAACGCACCGAGAUAUCAUUUCUAUUAUUAGUCCCAUUUUAGAGAUGAGAAAACAGAUCCAGAGAAUUUAAUAUGAUUUUUUUUCCAGUCGUGUUUACUGGGACAAUCACAAUUGAACUCAAUUCUGACUCUAAAUAUGAUGCCAGAUGUAAAUAAACCAAAGUGAGCGUGUCUUAUGUAGGCUCCCCCUACAAGUAGCUAACUGGUUAAGUGCACAAAGACACAGAAGAAAGAGGUCUCCAUGGAGUUUUCAGGAGAAAACGGAUUCUGUGUGGGUCGCAGUCACCUUCAGCUGGGAGCUCCCCCGAUGGCGGAGUACAUAGAUUAUUACUGAUCCCAAGACUUGAGUCAGAAGCACAGUGGAACUCUCCUGAUAAGGCAAAGGUUGCCUAGUUGGUAGUGUAUGCCAAUUGCCCCAGCACCUGGGAAGAUCUGGAGCUCAGUGCCAUCUACAGCUGUCUAGUUGGAGGCUAGGCUGGGCUACAUGACAUUCUGUCUUUUUUUUGUACUUGCUGUCCGUGCUUCCUCCUCCACGGGCACGGGGGACAUCCCUGAGUGAUGGUUUGAGCAAAGCUUGUAGAACCACUGCUUGCCAGGGGCAUGGACAGAUGAAACUCUCGUGUUAAUGGGGCAAUGUCGCCCCAGAGCAUUCAUGGCAGGAAUGGUUUUGUUUGCUAUGUCGUGAUCUCGGCCGCCGCCGCCGGCAGGGCUUUGUGAUGGGAGUUUUCUCUGUGCACUUUAAAAUGUGAUUCCAACACUGUGUAUUCAAUAAACAGUUUCCUCAUCCUUCUAGAGCACUGUAAACAUGCUUUGCGCUGAAGCAUAACCUUGGCCCACAUGAGGGCUCCUUAAUUCUGCAGUUAAGGAAAGGAAUAGGAGGAAAUUUGGAUGAAGUGCUGAUCCUUUGUCUAUUUUAUUUGUUUAUUUUUUUAAGCAAGCGCAAAAAUCUUCAAGUUUAGGGCUGCCAAAAUUAUACCAAAUAACUUAAACUUCUAAAGCAGCAGGGAAAUGUUUUCUGGGGGACACUCUUGAAAGGUGACAGUUUGCUUAUAAUGACGGAUGCUAUGUCAGCAAAAAUAGUAUUCUUUUCUGCAAAGAAGCUGUUUGUUUCUGAGACAAGGUCUUGUAUAUCUUAGGCUGGCCUUGGACUUUCUCAGUAGCCAAGGGUGACCUUCAACUUCUGAUGCUCCUGAGUCCAUCUCCCAUGUGCUGGCUUACAGGCUCGCACUGAAGUGCCCAGGGCUCUCUGGUGCUGGAGCUGGAUCGAACCCAGGGCUUCAGACACGCUAAACAAGCACUCUACCAACUGAGUUACAAAGUUUUAAAAGAGGUGUUGUAUCCACUGAAGGCUGCCUCAAAAGUAUGAGUGAGACAUCCUCCAAAAGAUAUAAAAGCUGACAUUGGGAGCCCAAAGAGAAAGCCUAGCUCCCAGGCCAGUCCAUAAAAGUCCAUGUUGCU